GGCCGUUUCCAGCGCCUGGUUUUUUUCCUCCUCAGCACCAGCAUCGUCCCCAACGGCUUUAACGGGAUGUCGGCCGUUUUCCUGGCCGGUACCCCCGAGCACCGCUGCGCCGUGCCCCGCGGGGCCAACCUGAGCGGCGAGUGGCGCAACGCCAGCAUCCCGCUGGAGCUGCGGGGCGGGCGGGAGGCGCCGAGCCGCUGCCGCCGGUACCGCCUGGCCGCCCUGGCCAAUUUCUCGGCGCUGGGGCUGCGGCCCGGCUUGGACGUGGAGCUGGAGUCGCUGGAGCAGGAGCCGUGCCUGGACGGGUGGGAGUACAGCCGAGACAUCUACCGCUCCACCAUCGUCACCCAGUGGAACCUCGUCUGUGACAACGACUGGAAGGGACCCCUCAGCACCUCCCUGUUCUUCGUGGGCGUCCUGCUUGGAUCUUUCGUCUCGGGACAGCUGUCAGACAAGUUUGGCAGGAAGAAUGUGCUGUUUGCGACUCUGGCGAUGCAGACCGGCUUCAGCUUUGUACAGGUCUUCUCCACCAGCUGGGAGAUGUUCUCGGUGUUCUUUGUGCUGGUGGGCAUGGGACAGAUCUCCAACUACGUGGCAGCGUUUGUUCUCGGCACAGAAAUCCUUGGGAAGUCGAUCCGUGUGCUGUUCUGCACGCUGGGCGUCUGCAUAUUUUACGCGUUCGGCUACAUGUUGCUGCCCCUGUUUGCUUACUUCAUCCGAGACUGGCGGAUGCUGCUGCUGGCACUCACCUUACCUGGGCUGCUCUGCAUCCCGCUCUGGUGGGUCAUUCCAGAAUCCCCGAGGUGGCUGAUCUCCCAGGGAAGGUUUCAGGAGGCAGAAGACAUCAUCCGAAAGGCUGCAAAAACCAACGGCGUUACAGCCCCAGAUGUUAUAUUUGACCCUAGUGAGCUGCAAGAUGCGAAUUCUCAGAAGCAACAGACAUACACCAUUUUGGACCUAAUGAGAACCCGAAAUAUCCUGACUAUCACAAUUAUGUCGGUGGUGAUUUGGAUGAUAAUCUCUGUGGGUUAUUUUGGACUUUCUCUUGACACACCUAACUUGCACGGAGACGUCUAUUUGAACUGCUUCCUCUCGGCAGUGAUUGAAGUUCCAGCCUACAUUAUUUCCUGGCUGCUGCUGCGCAAUCUGCCCCGACGGUACUCAAUGGCUGCUGCGUUAUUCUUGGGAGGCUGUGUUCUUCUCUUCAUUCAGCUGGUGCCUUCACAUCUUCGUACGUUAUCCAUUCUGCUGGUGAUGUUGGGGAAGUUUGGGAUCACGUCUGCCUUUUCAAUUGUUUAUGUUUACACGGCUGAGCUCUACCCGACCGUGGUGAGAAACAUGGGAGUUGGGGCCAGUUCCAUGGCCUCCAGGCUGGGCAGCAUCCUCUCACCUUACUUCGUUUACCUCGGUGCCUAUGAUCGAUUCCUGCCUUACAUCCUGAUGGGCAGCCUGACUGUGCUGUCAGGAAUUCUGACUCUAUUUCUGCCAGAAAGCUAUGGUAUGCCUCUUCCAGACACAAUCGAGCAAAUGCUGUUGGUGAAAGGAUUAGAAUACAGGCCUGCAUCUAGUAGCACCAGGGAUUCCAAGGAGGAAGAAGAAAACCCAGAGAUUUUUAAAAGCACGGCUUUUUGAUGGAACUCCUAUGCACUUCCAGGUGGACUGAAAGUUAAAUGGACUUUACUUCUAAAAUUCAUUCUAGAAAGGGCUAGUGGCAACACUUUGUUUCCUGUAAUUUUAACCUUAUUUAUUAAUUUAAACACUGUGUUCCGUACAUUCUCUUUUUAUAUGAAGAUAAAUGCUGUAUAGCCUUUAAUGAGAUUUUUCAGCCACAGUCGUGUUAAUGCAGUAGUACCAUGGGACAGUAUCUGAUCAAUCCUUUGUAACUUUAAAUGUAUAGUUCAGCUGAAAGAUACUUGAAAAUGAGUUCAAGGGCUGGCAGGGUACCUGGAUUCCUCGGUGAACCUUCUCCAGAGCUAACGGACAUCAAGAAGUAGAAAAUUGCCAGAAAAAGCUGCUAAUUGGUUUUGAUUUCUUUGGCUUCUGUCUCUGGACAGGAAACUUGUUUAUUAUAGUGAAGGUUAUGAGAAGGUGCCUCCCUGUGAUCUUACUCAAAUGACUUUGCAAGUGCUGAAUUUAGUACUGAAUUCAGAAAGAUGCAAAGAAAGAUUUUGAGAAUUAAUUUUAACUUUGUUCUGUUUUAACUCAAGGUGGGGUUGUCUUGCACAAAGGAUUUAUAGCACUGAAGCUUUGCUUAUAAAACUCACUUGAUUCCAAUGCUGGUUUUCAACCGUACCCCUAUGGUGAAGCUGUUUACAUCUCACCCUGGACUGUAUUUAUUGUAACUGAUGCAAAAGGUUUCAUCUGUGUGUGGAGGGAGCGGUGUUCGUUGGGGUUCUUCCCUUUUGAUGCGUGGGGGAAGUUUUGUGUCUAAAUCAUUUUAACAUUUUCUGUGCAAUUGAGGUGGCGGAAACAAUCCUCCGGUCUUUGUUCUGUGCUUUUCACACAUGUGCACACAAUUAAUGUAUUUAGGGAUAAAUUUUUGUGUUAAUCUCUGUCACUGCGGUGACCUCACGGUGGAAUGUCCUGAGAACAAACUUCAGAAUAUAUUUCAGACCUCUGGUUCUCAAUUCCCAAGUGCCAACUGUACAAUUGCCGUGAGGUCUGUUACUUCACUUAACUUUUAUAAUCAGUAAAUUGUUUUCAGAUUGUUGGGAAAAAAAAAAGAAAUUAAUCUUUUUGACAAUCUGCCAAGAAAUUGUUCCUCGGGUCGUGGAAGCACCCUUGGCAUUACCUGUGUUUCUUUAAAUAUAUGCAGUAUAUACCUA